AUGGGAAGACACUCUUGCUGCUACAAACAGAAGUUACGGAAAGGCCUUUGGUCUCCAGAGGAAGACGAGAAGCUUCAGAAUUACAUCACCAAACAUGGUCAUGGAUGUUGGAGCUCAGUCCCCAAACUUGCUGGUCUGCAGAGGUGUGGGAAGAGUUGUAGGUUGAGGUGGAUAAAUUACCUGAGGCCCGAUUUGAAGAGAGGAGCAUUCUCACAGCAGGAAGAGAACAUGAUCAUUGAACUCCAUGCAGUCCUUGGAAACAGGUGGUCUCAGAUUGCAGCACAGUUACCGGGAAGAACUGACAAUGAGAUUAAAAACCUAUGGAACUCAUGCCUCAAGAAGAAGCUGAGGCAAAGAGGCAUUGACCCAAACACCCACAAACCACUCUCUGAGGUUGAGAACGACAAGGACAUGCCACCCUCAACCGACAAAGGCAAUCAGAAAGCGUCAGUGGCAUCCAAUGAAUUAAGUUUGGUUGAUCAGCCAGCAAAAGCCAUGCCUUCAGAGAGAGACCCUCUUGAAGUUUCCACUAGUUCAAACCAGGAACUAUUCCUUGAUAGGUUUGGUGCUACCUGCCAUGACAACAGAUGCAGACCCUCUGAUAUGGUGGGAUCAUACUUCUCCUUCCAGCACUUGAAUUAUGGAACAACAAACAUGGGCCUCUCUGCAAACCCCAACAGCUCUCUUUGUUUCAUUCCACCCUCCACUUCUUCAGACCUUAACAAUUCCCCCAUAUCCUCCUCUAUGCUCCAUUCAAUUUUCCCAACACAUGUGAAGCUCCAAUCUAAUAACAACCCUUCCAUAUCCUCUGAUGCGGUUCAAAACUGGGAAUGCAACAACACAGUCAAAAGCAAUGCGAGUAUGCAGUUACAAAGCAGCACAAACUUCCUUGACAACACGUGGGGGGUCGCAGAGUCUAUGAAGGUUAACAUUAACAAAGAUGCUCAAGUGCCCCUUCAAGCAGAACAAGAGGAUCUAAAAUGGUCCGAGUAUCUGAACACCCCGUUUAUUCUGGGCAACACACCGCAGAAUCAAAUCCAAACCUCCCAAACUAUCUACAGUGAGGUUAAGCCUGAAACAGGAUUCAUAACAGAUAAGUCAUGUACUAGUUGGUACCAUCAGCCACCAGCUUUUCAACUUUCCGAUAUUUAUAGCAAGGAUAUGCAGAGAUUUUCAGUGACUUUUGGACAAACCCUUUAA